AUGACUAAACCGAGUGACAUUUGUUUUGACGUUUUUUUUUCUUUUUAUGUAUAUACAUGUAUUUUAUUAUUUAAUCAACGACAGUACGAAACGUACUAUGAUUAAUUGAAUAAAAACUAAAUGAAAAGAAAUAUUUCCGAAUGAUAAAACAGAUUGAGUGCUUUUGCUCGUUUGAAUUCCAAUAUUUGACAAUAUCUCGAGUGAAUCAUAAUAUUUUUUCAUUUCAACAUAUCGAGGACGUAAACCACAAAAUUUAGGACAUUCAUUAGGAACAUUUGAAUAUUUUGUACAUAAUGAUUUAUCAUGUCCAUAUUUACAAUCAUCAGAUAAUGAUGAACAAUCAAGAUUUUCACAUUGUUUAUCUGCAGAUAAACUUUAA